AUGUCCAACGGAACGCCGUCCUCAACAUCAUUGAAGAUCACCAUAAAACGACCGCCAUCAGCGCCGUCUAACCCUCCCCCUGCUGGGAACUCUCCCGCUCCUGCCUCCGACAAGAAGCGCAAACGCGUAGCAGAGGACGAUGGUGCGGAAAACGGGGACACGCCACCGGUCAAGCGCUCUACACGCGAUGGUGAGACCCGUCGAGCCAAACGUCAGUCAGCGAGGAUUCAGUGGACUCCCUCGCCUCCUGGAGAGGACAUAGAAGAACAAAUUACAAGCAAGGGAAAGCGGCGGAGGAAAGCGUACGAGGAAGAUGGAGACUAUGACCCGGAUCGUCUCUCCCCAGCUGGAUCAGCGGUCCUUGAUGUCGAAGGCGGGGUGGACGAGGAACCGCCUAGGAAGAAGCCUGCUAUCGAUCCUCCUGUUUCGUCUACGCCGAGUGGGAGAUCGAAGCGAAAGUCGAAGCCGACCGCGAAGGUGCCAACGUGGAUUGAUGACGACGAAGACGACUUGACACCACCACCACCGACACCACCACCGCGAAAUCCUAAGCCCGCUAAAGGUCGAGGGAGGACAUCGAAUGCUGCUCCUAUUACUGCCAGAGAUCAGAGGAAGCUGCCGGUGGGGAAUGUCAGCCAAGGGGAAACUGCUGUAGAUGCGGUCUCCGGAACAAACACAACGGACGCCAUAGCGCCAGUUCCCCCGACGGCACCGGCCGACCCACCCAAACCCAAGUUGCCUCCUAUUAAGAAGAAGUCGAUGAUGGGAGGCACUCCUACGACGAAUGGCGCCUCGUUGCCUGGGCGAGAUGAGACGAAGACACCUGUGUCCACGACGAAGGCGAAUGACAUGUACAAUCAACUAUUUUCGGGUACCAGCAGUCGAGCACAGAAAGAUCGUGAACGGCAGGACGCCCGACGUCAAGAAUUAGAAGGUAUGAGAACAGACGCACGCAUCGAGCGGGAACUGGAAGCCAAGAACACAUUUGACAUGCUCGCGCAUAGUGCGGCCAUGAAUCGCUUCGAGAGUCGAUUGCGGGACCGACGCAACUGGCCCAGUCCCUCCCAAAUCGGAUCUGCGUUCUUGAUGCUAAAGCGGUAUCGGCCUGAUCUGCCGGACACGACGAAGACUUGAUGUAUAUGACAAAUGUAAAGGACCGGCAUGUUGAUGAGAGUUGAGCAGUGAGAAGUGGUCGCCGAUCAAAGGUGCAUUGAGCCAUGUAUGUUAUCAAUCCCCUUUGGCACGAGAUUUUAGAUCGAGGUGGUAUUCUGGAACCGAUACCCUCUGAGCAUUUGAAGUUGGUUG